AUGGCGCAUGGCACCGAGCAACACACUAAGAAGGCCAAGGCUGAACCGGCCAGGACACAUCCCCAACCCGCCAACGAGGAUGAGUCAGCUGAUAGCGAGAACAAGAAAGACGAGAAGGACGAGGCAAACAGUGACGGGGAUGCAGGCAAGGCUCGGCAAGCAGAUUCCGAGGAUGCCACGACUGAUAACAAGGAGGAACCAGAGGUCAACAGCAAGGCGACCACAGACAGCGGCAGCAAGGUGGCUGCCACGUCGACAGCCGACACCAAAAUGGAUGCUGGACCCCCAGUUGCCAAGGACAACGCCAGGACCAUGGUGAAAUGGAAAGAAGUGGUCGCGAAUGUGCCCCAUGGCACCUCUGCCACCAUCCUCUACCGCCCCAAGGGCAGGAAGAACAACUUCCUCUCCCUCAGCCGAGACGCAAUUGCAGCACAGCUCUCGAAGGUGCCCGGCACGAAGCGUGUGCGCGUAAACUUCCGUGGCAAUGUUGUUGCGAUUGACACCACACCCGGAGCUGACACCUCCAGUCUCCUGGCAGUGGAAAGCAUCGGGGAAGUGGCUGUCAACGCCAAGACCGCCAACAAAGGGACAUGUACCGGCGUCCUUCAUGGUGUUGACGCUGCUUUUGACGAGGAGGUCCUCAAAAAGAACAUUGAGAGCUCCGCUCCCAUCCUCUCUUGUGCCCGUACCGGACGCAAUGUCCUUCUCCGAUUCGCGGGUAACGCACCGCCAGCUGAGGUGGCGUUAUUUAAGCAGACCCGCCCUGUGCGUGCUCGUCGUCGCCGCCGUCUCCAGUGCGUUGGCUGCGGCGCUUUCGGACACACUCAUGCGACGUGCACCAGCUCCCCACGCUGUUCGCGCUGUGGCGACGACCACGCCCGCGCCGACUGCGUUGCAACCUCCCCCAAGUGCCUACACUGCGGCGGCCCCCAUCCCGCUACCGAGCCCCGAUGCCCUCGCUGGCAACACGAGAGGAAGGUGCUAGAAAUCAUGGCCUCUGCGGACCCGCCCCUCUCUCGUCGUGAGGCCGAGAGGAACCUUAAGAGCGACGGAAAAGCCGCGCCUGCUCGAGCACCGUACACUGGCAUUUCCUCGGCGGUGCAACCGGGCCGAUCGUACAGUGCGGUUCUUUCGCCCCCUGCCGCCGAACCCUCGGCCCCCGACAGCGAGGUGCAAAAGGACAUGGUGAUUGGUGCCCUGGUCGCUGCCGUGCAGGCCCUCAUCGGAACAAUACCGCAAUCCAGCCCUGUGUUCGAGCUGUGCAACGCGGCCCUGGCCGCACACGAAACCUAUGCCCGCGUCGGAACACUCAACCUGCCCGGCUUUGUCGGCUAUCACAGCACCACGCAGUGCGAACUUGAAGAGUGUCGCGCCGUUCGGUGCAGCACUGCCUCGCAUCCUCCCGGCACGUCGCGGGCUUCGGUGUAUGUGCGCGCCGACCUUCCUCACGCUGUGGUGGACAUCGAGGACAUUCUCUGUGACACCCUUGAAGCCGUCGCCCUGACUGUGCGCAUCGGGAGCACGGACACCAGUGUCGCGAGCGUGUACGUGCGCACAUCGAACUACUCGGCACGCUGGGACACCAAUUUCGUGUGCCGCCUCGCAGACAGCCUAAACCGCGACGCGGUCAUCGGUGGCGACUUUAACUCUCACCACACCUCGUGGGGCAGUGGCGUGACGAACCAUCGUGGGCGCGACCUCCUCAGUGCCGUGCAACGAGCCGGACUGCUCGUUAUAAACACGGGUAGUUGUACUCUCGCGCGCCGUGGUGUGUCCGACAGUGCCAUCGACCUGACUCUCGUGGGUGGUAUGUGUAAUUAUGAGUGGCAACGUGCACCGGACUCCCAGGGCUCCGACCACUACCCCAUCGUGGUCAGACCCCCCACAGCUAACAUCAGGUGCACUCGGACCUACAGUGUUGUGAAGUGGCCGCGCUUCAGAGAACUGUGUGCUACAGCGCCAGUCUCUGCAGACUUCUUCACCGCGCUGGCCGAGUGCCACAACGCAGCUACCACCCGCUGCACCGUGCCUGCGGGCACCCCCGCACCGGACAUCUGCCUCCUCAACCUUCGUGCUGCGCGACGCAGGGCGCAGAUUGUGGCGGUGCGAUCGCAAAGUGAGGAACAUUGGCGGGUGUACAACUGCAUUGACGCGGUAUGUCGCAGGCACGCCAGACGUCGCCGCAACCAGAGCUGGGGGAGCCUCUGCUCUUCUCUGGACGACCCACGGAACCACGCUCGCGCAUGGCGAAUCUUUGCAGCCGUAGUCCGCAUCAGAGAGCCACGCUGCCCGGUCCUCUGCGUUGCGGUUGCCAUGAAAAUCACCACACCGGAGCUGGCUGAAUUGCUGGCGGACAAUUUCGCACCUCCGGCCUGCCCAGUUCCACCCCAAGGGCUGCCCCCUCUCCCCGCAAACAACAGGCCGGCGCUGUUUAAUCCUGAGCGGUUUUUCCCCACCGAGGGCAUCCUCCUCGAGAUCCGUGCACUGUGCACUGAGGAUUUCACACUUAGCGAGCUGACGGUGGUGCUCAACAGCCGCAGGAAGCGAUCUGCCCCGGGAGCGGACGGCAUCACUUACCAGGCGCUGCGGAAUAUUGAUCAUUCCAUGUUGCCCCGACUGCUGGACGCCUACAACGUGGUAUGGCGCACUGGACAGCUCCCUCCUGGUUGGAAAGAAGCACUCGUGGUGCCGAUUCAGAAGCCGCGGAAGCCGGCGACGGAACUCUCUUCCUACCGACCGGUUUCACUCACUUCGGCUGCAGGAAAAGCCAUGGAGGCCAUGGCACUACGGCGCCUUCGUUGGAUAACCACCGGGACCAACGCCUUUCCACGCGAGCAGAGUGGAUUCCGCCCAAGUCGCUGCACUUUUGACUCGCUCGCCGACGUGGUUUCCAGCCUUGAGGAGGCCAAAUUCCGCGGGGAGUACGGCAUUCUAGUGCUCCUCGAUGUGAAGAGCGCUUUCGACAGCCUGCCCCACGCAUCGAUUUUGGACGCUCUUCGCGACCUCGGUGUGGGUGGGCGGAUGCUAUCCUACGUUGAGGGAUUUUUGGGCGACCGUUCCCUUCGUGUUCGUGUGAGUUCCGUAUUUAGCGGCCCUCGUCCCGUCACUGCUGGCGUCCCUCAGGGAAGCAUACUCAGUCCCUUCCUGUUUAACCUGGUGCUGGCCAAGCUGCCGGAUUUUAUCCCGUGCGACACGCCCUGUGAAGUGCGUUCGGCGAUUUACGCUGAUGACAUUGCGCUGUUUGCCUGCGGCCCCGGCUACCAUCGUUCUGCUCUGCUCAGGUCACUCCAGGUCGCCAUCGACGCGGUCGACGCAUUUCUCAGUGGAAUUGGACUGACGCUCGCCGCCUCCAAAACGGAGGCUCUGCUCGUACACCCGCGAGCGUCGACACGCUUCAGCACACCACGGCUCUCGCUCCGGGGACUUCCUAUCGAAUGGAGCAAGAAGGUGCGCUACCUCGGAGUGACAAUCGACAACCGUCUUAGCUGGCGGCCCGCUGUCGACGACCUGAGGAAGGGAAACCGCAAGGUACUCAUCGCAGCUCGUAGUCUCCUUGCGCGCGGCCGCGGCUGCACCCCGGCUCUUGCCCUACGCGUCUACAACGCCGUCGCUUCAGCCCGGGUUCUAUACCACGCACCGAUGGCUUCGCUGAGUGCCUGCCAGCUGGCUGCCUUGGACACCGAUCAUCGGAACGCCGUACGGGAGUACUACGCACUCCCUCACAACUCCCAAGUGGGCCAUACCCUCGCUGAGGCAGGGGAAACGCCCAUCUCUCUGCAGAUCACCAAGACAGCUCUCAACCACGUGUGGCGCCUGAACAACACGGCGCAAGGGGGUCGCCUGGUCGACCGGCUCCACUCUCUCCCUCACUCAUCUCUGGGGCAGCGGGUGAGGGAGUACAUGUCGAUCGUACCGGACACGCCUUACCGCAGCUGGCCGGCCAUCCCUUCGUACCGCCACACCCCCCUGGUCAUACACAAGACCCUCGCGGGCAUCAAGGCAAAGGCGCGCACCCCCCUAGCAGCAAUGCAGCAGGAGUGUUCCGCCCUCUUGCACGAUCAGCUGGCCGGGCGGCUGCUUGUUUACGUCGACGGCUCGGUGCUCCCCGACGGCUCCGCCGCCGCUGCCUGUGUUGCGCCGUCGGUUGGCGCGGUUCGCAAGUGCCGCCUGCCCUGCCUGGCCUCCUCCACGGCGGCGGAGCUCGCCGCCAUCAACCUGGCAGCCGAUUUCCUGCUGGAGCAGUCAUCGAUCAGUGCGGCAGCCAUCAUCUGCGACUCCCGCGCGGCCUUGGCUGCCAUCUCUCGCGAGGAGGACGGUAGUCUUCUGGCGCAGAGGGUAGCCAGGCAACUGCACGCCGUGAAGCAAUGCGGAUGCGACCUCUCGCUGCACUGGGUCCCUUCACAUGUGGGUAUACCAGGGAACGAGGCAGCCGACCGAGCUGCAAAGGACGCGCACGACCCCAGCACCGCGGUCACCGACUGCGUGAGCUUCUCGGACGUCGGUCGUCUCCUAAUAGCCUGCUACGUGCGCGAGCGACAUCCAGAUCUUCGCGUGGCAGCCGGCACGCCGCCGCGGCGGCUCCCUCUCAAGGGACUCUCGCGAAGGGACCGCGGGUUCCUUCUACGUCUCCGCACUGGGGACAACUACACCGCCGAGCGCAAGCAUCGGCACUCCGGGCGUGGCAGUCCAUACUGCAUCGACUGUGGCGACUUGGAGACACUCGACCACCUGCUGCUCGAAUGCCCUGCUGGUGACGCGAGCAGGCAAGUGAUGCUCGCCGUGUACAGCCAGCUUGGACUUCCUCGGGCAACAGCACAGCACCUUCUCUUUCCGGUGUGCCGCCGCGAGCACGUCAAGCGUGCUCUCUCUGCCCUGCUGGACUUUGUUGACGGCAGCGGACUGCGUGAGCGCCUCUAA